AUGUCGGCAGCAAGUCCCAAUGUGGUCCUGACAGACGACAGGGAAGCGAGGCGCAUCGAUGUGCACAAGAAGACCCGGCUCUGCAAGUUCUUCGCCGUGGGGGCCUGCACACGUGGCUCGAGCUGCGCCUUCGCGCACGGGUCCGAACAGCUGCGUGAUCAGCCAGAUUUCUCGAAAACCCGCCUCUGUGCGGACUUCGUCGAGCUGGGCAGGUGCACUGCAGGUCAGGCAUGCAGGUUUGCCCACAGCAAGAGCGAGCUACGACCGGGCUCGGCAGCCAAAGUGGGCAGGCCAUCCAAGCCUGCUACCGCGACUCCAGUCACCGCCACUUCCGCAGCUAAGCAAAGUGAAAAGAGUCACGUGGAAGCAGCAGCGCAGGUCCUCCAGACUUUGCGGGCGCAGCAUGCUCUGCACGAGCAGGCAGCACUGAAACUGAUGCUGCAGUCUGCGUGUGCAAGGGCACCAGCACCAGCGCCAGUCAAGCCAGUCAAGGCAACGGUACGACAGGAGAAGGAUGUGGAGUGCUGCUUCGACAGCAGCGGCACCUUCAGCCGCCAGACCACUUGGGAAGGCAUGGAGACAGCCUCCGCGGGGUUCAGCCGUGACUCCUCCACUGCCAGUGCCUCGGAGAAUGUCGUUGCUCCGGAGCCCUCCUCGGGAUUGGAGCUGCGAGUAAAGAACACCUUCCUUGAAAUCCAGGACGAGCCAGAGCAGGAAGCUUCCGAAAUGCGUAAAGUUCGGUCCCUGCCGCUCCUUCCUGGAGUGGCCUGA